CAUCCACGCGCAGCUGUUGUCGCUUCUCAUACAUGUAGUUUAGUUUACCCUUUUUAUAUAUGGAGGUCUGUGUGGAUUCAGUCGCUUCUGCAAGAAAUGCCGAAAAAGGAGGUGCAGCUCGACUAGAACUCUGUGCCAGUUUAGUGGAAGGAGGAACAACACCAUCAUGUGGUAUGCUUCAGGUAAUGAAACGCUCGGUGGCCUUACCUGUGUUUGUGAUGAUCCGCCCGAGGGGUGGGGAUUUCCUCUACAGCCCAGACGAGUUUGAUGUAAUGAAGCAAGAUAUUACUUCCCUCAAACAAGCGGGUGCGGAUGGGAUGGUUUUUGGGAUUUUAACACCGGAGGGCAAAGUGGAUAUAACGAGGUGCAAGGAACUCGUAGAGCUUUCUCGUCCGUUGCCAAUUACGUUUCACAGGGCAAUUGACAUGACCGAGGACAUCGCCGAAGCUCUGGAGAGUAUCAUUGCCACGGGAUGUGAGCGAAUACUCACGAGUGGUGGAGAAGGCACAUCUGUAGACGGUACCACGGUUAUUAAACAACUCGUAUCUCAGGCCAAAGGUAGGAUUCUUGUAGUUCCUGGUGGCGGAAUCACUCCUGAAAACUUAGGAAGAAUUCUGGACGAAACUGGAGCUGGAGAGUUUCACGGUACUGCCAGAGGGAAGGUGGAAUCAAAAAUGAAAUUUCGUAAGAGUGGCGUUACCAUGGGAUCUGCUGGAGACGGGACGUCCGAGUUUGCCUGGAAAGAAUCUUCGGCUGAUAUUGUAAGAUUAAUGAUAACAGUGGCAAAGGAGCAUGGGAUAUGCACUGGAAGUAAACCUAGAUAACAGAAUUCUGUGAUAUAGAUUACUACAUUUUUUGAGUAGAAUUAUGACGUUUUCUUUUAUUCCAUUGAACUGUCACUUUUGUAGCUUUAGAUUGUAUAUUGGUGUGAUGACAUUGGGUUUUCACAUUUAAACAAUAACGAAAAUACAUAUGGCCAAGCAUUGUCCGUACCUACUCUGUGCGAGUUGUCGCUCGGCGGUCCUUAUUGUUAUGUGCGAAUAUUCCAAGAAAUUAGGACGUGUUCAAUUUCAUAAGAUGCGCAGCCUUCGAAUAAAAUGCAGUAAUAGUUAACAUGUUACGAUUUAUUUAUUUAUUUGAUUGUUCUUUUACGCCGCACUCAAGAAUAUUUAACUCAUACGAUGGCGGCCAGCAUUAAGGUGGGAGGAAACCGGGCAGAGCCCGGGGAAAUCCCACGACCAUCCGCAGGUUGCUGGAAAACCUUCCCACGUAGGGACGGAGAGGAAGACUUGAACUCACAGCGACCGCAUUGGUGAUAGGCUCCUAAGUCAUCACGCUGCGCUAGCGCGAUAACCAACUGAGCCACAAAGGCCCCCUGUUACGAUUGACUUUUGCAAGUCAGUAUGCAACAAAGCGUACCGUCUAAACUUGCUUUUGUGAUCGUAUGUGACAAGCAUGUAUUUGAGCUCAUUUUCAUAUAUCAUAAACUUCAUUGUAUCGUUGUGGAAGCUCGUGGGCAUCCCCCGGGCCUUGUCCGAUUUCCUCCCACCUUAAUGCUGGCCGCUGUCAUAUGAAUGAAAUAUUCUUGACUAUGGGGUAAAACACCAAUCAAAUAAAUAAGUAACUCAUUAUAUAGUAUACAAACAGUUCAUUUUCUUUUCCUAAAUGAAGAUUUACUCAUCCCAUUGAAAACAUCAUAUUUGUUUUAUUUCACAAGAAUGAAAUAAAUUCGAAAUAAAUAAAAUAUGAUAUAAGAA